AUGAGCAAUCCAAACGAAAGUGAACCACACACCCAACCAGAGAUCAACAAUGCAAGUCACAUUGUUAAACCUGAAGGAUCUCAAACUGUUAAUACUGGUUUCAUUUGUCGAUGGAGUGAUUGUACUGAAAACACAUACAACAAUUUGACAUCAUUAGUCAAUCAUUUGAACAGUAAACAUAUUGCACAACUUCCACCGGGAUCAAAUACGAAAUACAUAUGUUAUUGGGAGAAUUGUGCUAGAUAUGGACUAGAUCAACCAAGUAGAUUUGCUUUGAUAUCUCAUUGUCGUACUCAUACUGGAGAAAAACCAUAUUUCUGUCCCGUUCCUGAAUGUGAAAAACAUUUUACUCGUUCAGAUGCGUUGACCAAACAUGUCAAGGCAGUGCACGAUUUACAUAGUGUUAAAGAUCAAUUGAACUUAUUGAAAGAUAAAGCUAGAAAGGGUCAAAUUGAACUUGGGGUAAAUGUUGAAGAUUUAAGUGAGGAAGAUUAUUUAAGAAUCAUUGAACAAGAUUAUGAAAUACAAAAACCAUGGUGGUUCACAAAUGAGUUUUUAGAUGUUAUAAGAGCUGGAGAAACCGACAAACUAGAGGAACAUAACAAAGAUGACGAUUUAGAUAAACAGCUUGAAGCAUUACCAUUUGAUUUGAAACAGUAUCAGUUGGCAAAUUCUAGAUACAAACAAUUUAUAAAUUCUUUAACAUCUGCUCGUGCCAGUAAUGAAAUUGAAGACGAAGAUGAAGUUGAUGGUUUAAUACCGAGAUCAGAUGACAAUAAUUCAGUCAUCAAUGUAGUUAGAAAACAAUUGCAACAUGAAAAACCAAACAAAAAAUUUCCUAGAGUUAUGAGUAACCCAGUAUUGGAACGUUUAUCUAAUGACACCAAGAAACUAGCACAUGAUUAUAUUAGACAUGAAAAUGAUCAAAAUGACGAUGAUAUUGAUAAGAUACUGGAUUUGGAAACUUUGAAAACACUACAUGACAAAUUGGCGAAUCAAUUAAACACAGCAUACAAAAUUAACAAAGUUUUGGCUAAUCAAUUGACUUCAAAUAUCAAAAUGAAAAGAAAGUUGUGGGUAUAUACUCAAUUACUAAUGGAUGCAAAUAUUCAAGUUGGAUUGCCACCAGAAGCUACAAGUGCACCUCAACGUGUUAUGCAAGAUGAAUAUGAUGAAGAGUUGUUACGUGGUUAA